AUGUACGCUGUUGAGCAGGAAAGGGCCCAUCCGGUGCCGCCGCCACCACCACCUCUUUCAAUGGAUCGCAUCUCUGCGCCGUCAGCCGCAUAUCCCACGCCCGGGACUGGCCCACUACGCUCAUCCGAUCAUCUUGCGCCCGUGACGACCAUGCAUGAUGGCCGUCUCUGGUCAUUGCAGGUCGUCCAACAGCCCAUCCGAGCUCGCAUGUGUGGCUUUGGUGAUAAAGAUCGACGACCAAUUACACCGCCACCGUGUAUCCGACUCAUUGUGAGAGAUGCGCAAACGGAUAAAGAGAUUGAUAUCAAUGAGAUCGACACUUCAUUUUACGUACUUACCGUCGACCUAUGGAAUGCCGAGGGCACCAAUGAAGUCAACCUCGUGAAACACUCUGCUACCUCACCUUCAAUCUCAACCGCCAUGUCAUCCUCGUACCCGCCUCCACCCCAAAGCAUGUCUCCUACCUACCCUCCUGGCUAUGGCCAGCCCUAUGGCAAUCCAGUUGGAUAUCCACCAGUGAACAACUACUACGGCGCUCCACAGAUGCAGUAUCAAAAUGCCUACAACCAGCAAGUAGGCUACCCUCAGUACGGUUAUCCACCUCAAGCUCAGAUGCAACCCGCCAUGUCUCCCGCACCGGCAGUUACCGGUGGACCUGGAGGGAUGUUCACUCGCAAUCUGAUUGGAAGCUUGAGCGCUAGUGCUUUCAGAUUGACGGAUCCCGACAACAAGAUUGGUGUGUGGUUUAUUUUGCAAGAUUUGAGUGUACGCACAGAAGGUUCCUUCCGACUGAAAAUGAGUUUUGUCAACGUGGGGACACAGUCUACCGAAACAAGCAAUGGGGCUCCCGUCAUUAACCAUGGAACGGCCCCAGUUCUCGCGUCAGUUUUCAGCGAGCCAUUCCAGGUUUUCUCAGCAAAGAAGUUCCCCGGUGUUAUUGAAAGCACCCAACUGAGCAAAUGCUUCGCUUUGCAGGGCAUCAAGAUUCCCAUCCGGAAGGAUGGAGUGAAGGGUCCUCGCGGCCGGGGUGGUGGUGAUGAUGACGAUGAUGAGGGAGAUUAUUAG